CUGAUUUGAUUGUUUCUGGCAUGUUUUGAAGCGUAAAGCGUUGAAUGCGCAACUUGAAGUAGUCCAUCCACAUCAAAUAUUUACAUGUCUUGGGAGCAGUAAACAGAUCUUCAAGAAAAAGCCAAUAUUUCACGCCAUAACGCAAACAUUUUAGGUAGUGCGCGAGGCGUGUCAUUUCAAGUGCUUAAAAUAAUGAAUAAUUAAGUUUUUGUGCUAAACCUGCCGACUUCCACCGUAUUCACACAAUGGCCUCGAAGGGAAGACAAUAGGGUUUAUUUGCACUACUUAGUGCGCUCCUGAAGAAUCACGAGAGCCCAAAUUUUCACAGACUAUAGUAUACAAACAUGGAUGACCAGCAGAAGUGAAUACACUGUGGCGUGUAAGCCUCCUUGAUUACACUAAUUAAGUGCUGUCUAAUUAAAUUACCGUCUCGUGUUAACCAAUAGCAAAAGUUGAUUCAUUAACCAUGCAGACCGAGGACUGAAAAGCAAAGCCUUUCCUGAUUGCAGGCUAGUGUCAAUUGGCUAAUUUGCCGACUUGCACAAAGUAGCUCGAACCGCAGGAAGGCGUUAGUUUUCUCUCGCGCUCGCGUUAAUUGCUAUUUGUCAUCGAGCGAUGCAGCUCGAGCGUUGCAUCUCGCCAGCUCUCGCGCGCUCCAAGAAAUGCAUGAUUGUGGGCAGUGGCUACCCAAACGCACAAGCAUCUGAGCUCGCCUUGCAGGACUAUCCUAUUAUAUCUAUCGGCGACAACCUGGAGAGAAGUUCACCUCUGAAAAAAAACUCCGCUGGGAUGACGAAUCAGUCAGAGGCAGACAAUUUCGCGGACUCCAAGGACUCAUCAGGGGACGUCCAGCGAGGCAAACUCUCUCCUGAUCUUGACGGAGUCGGCGACAGUCGUCACACUUUCGAUGGAUCUGCGGGAGAAAGGUAUCUCCUGUCUCAGUCCAGUCAAGUGCAGCCGAGUCCCACCACCAUGUUUCCUUACCCGGGUCAGCAUGCACCGACGCACCCGGCUUUCUCCAUCGGCAGCCCGAGCCGGUACAUGGCUCACCACCCGGUCAUCACGAACGGAGCCUACAACAGUCUGCUGAGCAACUCUUCUCCGCAAGGCUAUCCGACUGCGGGCUACCCAUACGCGCAGCAGUACGGACACGCGUACCAAGGCACGGCUUUCUACCAGUUUUCCUCCGCUCAGGCUGGGCUCGUGCCCGGCAAAGCGCAGGUUUACCUCUGCAACAGGGCCCUGUGGAUUAAAUUUCACAGACAUCAAACGGAGAUGAUUAUUACCAAGCAGGGACGGCGAAUGUUCCCGUUUUUGAGUUUCAACAUAUCUGGCCUCGACCCAACGGCGCAUUACAAUAUCUUUGUGGACGUGAUUCUCGCGGAUCCGAACCACUGGCGCUUUCAAGGAGGAAAAUGGGUCCCGUGCGGCAAAGCGGACACCAAUGUUACAGGGAACAGGGUGUACAUGCACCCGGAUUCGCCAAACACUGGUGCGCACUGGAUGCGUCAAGAGAUAUCCUUUGGAAAACUGAAACUAACCAACAAUAAAGGAGCAACGAACAACACGGGACAGAUGGUCGUACUGCAGUCUCUGCAUAAAUACCAGCCUCGACUGCAUGUGGUGCAGGUGAACGAGGACGGAACCGAGGACACGAGCCAACCAGGGCGCGUGCAGACGUUCACGUUCCCGGAGACGCAGUUUAUUGCGGUCACCGCAUAUCAAAAUACUGACAUCACGCAGCUAAAAAUCGACCACAAUCCAUUUGCCAAGGGAUUCCGUGACAAUUAUGACACUGUCUACACAGGGUGCGACAUCGAUCGGUUGACGCCGUCCCCGGGUGACUCUCCGCGCUCUCAGAUCAUGCCUAGCGCAAGAUAUGCCAUGGCUGGUUCUUUCCUGCAGGACCAAUUUGUCAGCUCGUAUGCCAAGUCCCGCUUUCACCCUGGCGUCGGAGGCGCUCCUGGCACGGACCGCAGCGUCCCACUUAGUAACAGCUUGCUCUCCCCGCAACAAACCGAGGAGACCACGGUGGCCUCCCCGCAGCGAUGGUUUGUCACCCCUGCCAACAACCGACUGGACUUUGCCGCCUCGGCAUACGAUGCUGCAGCGGCUGCCGAUUUCGCCGGUAACGCGGCCACCCUUCUGUCGUACGCAGCUGCUGGAGUGAAAGCGCUGCCCUUGCCCGGCGCGGGGUGCUCGAACAGACCCCUGGGGUAUUACGGCGAGCCGCCGGGGUGGGGUCCCCGCACGCCACCGCAAUAUUGCAGCAAGUCCAGCUCGGUCCUGUCAUGCUGGCCGUCCAACUCCGUGGGAAGCCGAACCUCCUCCGGUUACCUGGUCCCUGGUCUCGAGGACGGAGACGCCAUCGCGCCCGAGAGGUCACCGCUAGGCGGCGCGGACGAGUCCAAACCCAAAGACCUGUCUGAAUCCAGCUGGAUAGAAACCCCGUCCUCAAUUAAAUCCAUCGAUUCGAGCGAUUCUGGGAUUUUUGAGCAAGCCAAGCGGAGGAGGAUUUCGCCAUCUGCCACGCCGGUUUCCGAGACAUCGUCUCCAUUAAAAUCCGAAAUGUUGACGCCGAGGGAAUGCGAGAAAAACUGCUCCAAGGACAUCGGCUACUACAGCUUUUACCCCCACAGUUAGAAAAACUCGUGCAUGGCCCAAAGGAUUCACGAGUGACUUAUAAUCUAUUUAUUCCUAUUUAUGUGCUUGUUUAUUUAUUCCUAUACUAUCUUGGUCGCGUCGAAAACCUGUGACUCGAGCAGAGAUGUAAGCGGUUUUCGUUCCCAAAUGACAUUUUUAAGGUUCUAACUGUCAAACCUAUUGUAAGUAUGAAAGUACUGUACAUAUUUGUAUUUAUCUAUCCGUUUGUGAUUCUUCUCGUUGAAUGUUGAUGUACAAUAGGCCUGCCUAGAGAAAACCGGGUUAGGUUUGUUUAAUGUACUUAGUUAGACGUUCGUUCGUUCGAAUAGCUACAUAUAGGCCUAUUAAAUAUUUUGAUGUUUGAAAAAAUAAGGAUACAAGUCGUAUAGUCCCUCUGACUGGAAAUAUGGCGGACGCAUGUCGGGUUUUAUGUAAGCUUAUAUUGAUGUUGCUUUUAGAGUCGCGUCGUCUGUUCGUAAAUAUCAUAGUUCGUGGUUUCAUUUUGUGGACGUAUAUUUUUAACCACACCUGCGUACAAUUUUGUUUUUAAGAGAUAAAAACAUAGGCUAUCAUUUCACGUUUGCCUAUUACCAACCCAGCCAUUCAUUUGUAUUUCAUAAGCUGCUAAUGUGUAAAGGUCAUGUAACUGUUUGUGUGCUUAACUGCAAUAAAUAUGACAGAAUGUGAAACCCCGGGCGAAGUACACAA